GUGUAAAAUGUGAGUUCUGAGUUCUUCAGUUCUUGGUCCUUCAGACGUUGAUGAGGUACGCCGCUUCAGAGUUCGUGUCCUCAGAGUCCUGCAGAGCUUCAGGCAGGACUCCUCCGGACGUCCUCGCCAUCCUCACUGUGCAGCGGCCGAACAGAGUCAUCUCGUACUCCAUCAGCUGCUUCCAGAAGCCGGCGUUGGGUCGAAUGAACGGACGCUGACCCAGAACAACUUCAUGAGCCCGCCGGAGACUGAGACCUUCAAACCUGCAUAGACCAAAGAGACGCGACCAUCAAGAGAAGGUUACGAGCUGAGGGUGGUGCCGAGGGUGGUGCUGACCUACCUCAUCAGGUAGGCAAUGACCAGAGCCGGGGAUCGGCUCCGGCCCGCGGUGCAGUGGACCAGAGUCCUGCCGGUCUGGUUCUGGUCGAUCCGUUCUCCCACCGGGUCAAAGUACCGGCUCAGGGGGGCGUGAGGUUGGUCCUGGACGGGGACGUGGAGGACACUCAGGCCGUCCAGCGGAGGGUAGGACACGUCCUCCAGCCCGCUGGCGUUAACGAUGAGCGUGAUGUUCCUGCUGGAGAGGACGCUGAGGUUCAGCGCCGAGUCCAGACCGCUGAGUUCGGAAGUAGAUGACAUGAAAAUGCAGAAUCAGAACAGAAACCAGGUCCCAGAGGCCGACCGGAGCCAGAAAACAGUCGUGCCGAAGGUUCGAUAUCACCCAAGCAUCAAGACCCCGACACCUGGAGCCGAACCCAGAACCAGUCAGACCCAGAAGAGAAGACCUGCCGCUGCACACCCCCCUCAGACUGUAGACAGGACCCCCCAGACUGUAGACAGGACCCCCCAGACUGUAGACAGGACCCCCCAGACUGUAGACAGGACCCCCCAGACUGUAGAAAGGACCCCUCAGACUGUAGAAAGGACCCCCCAGACUGUAGACAGGACCCCCCAGGUAAAUCCUGCUGUGAGAGGACAACAGAGCGCUGAGAACCCCGUUCAUGGAGCUGCUGCAGCCCCUGACACAGCCCCCCUCAGCCUGGAGCCGGCACCUCUGGGUCUGGGGGUCCAGCUGGAGAGGCGUGUUGUGGAGGAAGUGGAGGUUCUGACCCGCGGACAGAGGACCAACCAGGACUGGUUCACCUGGAGGAAGAACCGGAUCACGGCCUCCGUUGCUCACGGCAUCUCUCACUGCCGCUUUGUGAACGGCAAGAGCAAAACCCCGCCCAGCUGUUACCUGGCUGCUAUCACAGGUAAGGGGCCGAGCAUGCAGACCAGAGCCAUGUCCUGGGGGGUCCAUAUGGAGGCCAAGGUCGUCCGCAGGUAUCAGGUACAGUUCAACACACCUGGUGUAACAUUAACUGUGUCUCACUUUAAAAAGUUCCUCCAGGUGAAUCAGCACGUUUCCGUCCUGCAGACGCUGAAGAGCUCUGCGUUGAGUCGCUGCGUCUCGGUUCAGGACUGCGGUUUGUUUAUCGACACUCGACGUCCCUGGUUGGCUGCGAGUCCUGACGGCAUUGUGACGGACAGCCAGACCGGCCAAUGGCUGCUCUGCCUGGAGGUGAAAUGUCCCUACAAACACAGACACAGACGAGUGGAGGACGCCUGCAGGGACGACCCCGCCUUCUGCCUGGAGAUGCAGGACGAGGACGGACGGGAGCCCGGAGAGUCCCCAGUGUACCGGCUGAAGACGUCUCAUAGUUACUUCACACAGAUCCAGGUCCAGCUGGCGGUGACGGGCCUGCUGCAGGCCGACCUCGCUGUCUUCACCCUGAAGGAGACGGCAGUCGUCCCGGUGACCUUUGACCCCGACCUUUGGGAGGACACGGUGUCCAAAUUGGAGAAGUUUUACAGGGACGCUGUCCUGCCUCACCUGAGAGAAAAUAAACGCCGGGAGACGGCCGCAUCCUGGACACCAGAGCUGUAGAGACGCUAAAGAUUUCAAAAUAACACCUGAAGACACCAUCUCUUUGUUCUUGUUACUAAAAUACAAAAUGUUUUGUGUAUAAAUAUAUAAAUGUCAGGAAACUUAAAUCUCAUUCAAACAAGAAACUUGUGUAAUAAAUAAGUUCUCAAACGUUCUUAUAUUUGAAUCGUGUUUGAGAGCGACGUUCAUGUUGUGUUCUUGGCUCAUGAAUGAAUAACUAAAUGAUUUUGGAAGUUAUUCUGGUGAAUAUGAUUAAUAAUAAACAUCUGUAAAAUGUUACAAACUCCUUUAAUUAAAUAAUAAUAAACCUU